AUGCACGGCGCCGGGAAUGAAAAGCGCCGGCAAAACGACGUAGGCCCCGGCGAAGAGCUGCGCAAAGAUGGCGCAGAAGAGCAGUACCUGGAUGAUGGUGGUCAUGUGGUUGCGGUUGAAGUAGAAGAGGUCCACCCAGAGGAUGUUGACGGGCGGAAGGCAGAGGGCGCCGAUGAAGAGCAUGUCCGCGAAGAACUGCCGAUUGCUUUGCAGCAGAAGCGUCGAGUUGAAGGCCACCAUGAAGAAGAUGAAGGUGAAGGAGACGGGCCCGUAGAGGAUGAAGAGCGUGUAGAAGAGCAGGAGAAAGUCGAUCAGCAAAAAUGGAUAGGAGUAAAUGGGGAAAAAGUGGCUGGCGUAGGUGACGGUGACGAAGAGCAUCACAGUGGCGAUGAGAACUGA